CACACCACACCCAGCCAUCACACAGCAUAAGCUAGCUAGCAUACACUCAGACUGCCUAGCUAGCAUUGCCAAGGUCAAGGUUCCAAUCAUCAAUGGCGAGAGCGAUCGUGCUUGCGGCCACCAUGGCCGCGGCCGCGCUGUUCAUGCUGCUGGCCGCUGCGCCAGCGCCGGCGAGCGCCAUGGACUUCGGCGACCACGACCUGGCGUCGGAGGACUCCCUAUGGGCGCUGUACGAGCGCUGGCGGGAGCAGCACACCGUGGCGCGCGACCUGGGCGAGAAGGCCCGACGCUUCAACGUGUUCAGGGAGAACGUCCGCCUCAUCCACGAGUUCAACCGCGGUGACGCCCCCUACAAGCUCCGCCUCAACCGCUUCGGCGACAUGACCGCCGACGAGUUCCGCCGCGCCUACGCCUCCUCCCGCGUCUCUCACCACCGCAUGUUCAGCCUUAAGGAGGGUGGUGGCGGUUUCAUGCACGGCAGCGCUGCCUCCGUCCGGGACGUGCCGCCGUCGGUGGACUGGCGGCAGAAGGGCGCGGUGACCGCCGUCAAGGACCAAGGGCAGUGCGGCAGCUGCUGGGCUUUCUCGACGAUCGCGGCCGUGGAGGGCAUCAACGCUAUCCGCUCUAAGAACCUCACGUCUCUGUCCGAGCAGCAGCUCGUGGACUGCGACACGAAGUCCAACGCCGGCUGCAACGGCGGCCUCAUGGACUACGCCUUCCAGUACAUCGCCAAGCAUGGCGGGGUGGCCGCCGAGGACGCGUACCCCUACAAGGCCAGGCAGGCCUCCUCCUGCAACAAGAAGCCGUCCGCCGUGGUCACCAUCGACGGGUAUGAGGACGUGCCCGCCAACGACGAAACCGCGCUGAAGAAGGCGGUGGCUGCACAGCCAGUGGCCGUGGCCAUCGAGGCUAGCGGGUCGCACUUCCAGUUCUACUCGGAGGGGGUGUUCGCGGGCAAGUGCGGGACGGAGCUGGACCAUGGCGUGGCGGCGGUGGGGUACGGCACCACCGUGGACGGCACCAAGUAUUGGAUCGUGAAAAACUCAUGGGGGCCGGAGUGGGGUGAGAAGGGAUACAUCCGCAUGAAGCGCGAUGUGAAGGACAAGGAAGGGCUCUGCGGGAUCGCCAUGGAGGCGUCCUACCCAGUCAAGACCUCAGCCAACCCGAAGCAUGCCGGUGCCCAUGACGAGCUCUGAAUCUCUCAUCGAUUAUCUAACAAAUUAUUGGCCCGCAACAUGCAUGAUCAGGGCAUUAUCGCUAGGGAAAAAUAAAGAGUCAAUCGCUAUGUACCUACACAUCAGUGCACUACUACUUAAUUGUCACACCUGUAAUGCGGUUUCGACCCAUUGUAUGUAAACAGCUUACGUUAUCCUGGUUUCCUCA